AUGGCACAACGAGCACAGGCCCCACGAGCACAAAAGGGCCUAAACCAUGACAGCAUUAUCAAUUUCAAAAUACCGAACAAACAGGACCCCAGGAAACAUCAGGAGCAGUUUUUGCAGAUGCAUGAUUCUAUGAAUAAGGCUGAGGUUAACUUUGAUGUGAUCUUGUCAGCCGCAUCCCGAAUUGCGGGGAUUUUCGCGAAUUUCGAUAGGUCCACCCGUUUCGACACAGAUAGUGUCAGAUAUCUAGUCGCAGACCUCAAGAAGAUCUUUGCAAUUCUGCGUUUACGACUUCUUCGCGAUUACGGUUCUGAGCCCGGGCCUGGCAGAAGGGUAGCUGGACCCGGAGAUGAACUCCCACAACGGAUUAUACAGGACGCCUACCAAUGCCUGUGCCCUCUCACGACACUGUUACGAUCAGUUGCACAAAGCAUCAGUGAUCUGAAGGUGGGCGUCCAGACCGGUAUAGCUCACAAUGGCUGGGGCGCUAUCGAUCCGCUCCGCAAGGUUCUCGAUCGAAUGGAGCAGAACCUGAAGAAGACAGAAGACGGUGGCGAAUAUACCGGCUUAGCACACUGCAUCAUGUUCCACGAGAGACAUUCGCGUUACGUUGUUACCUCGACCGCACCCCGAUAUAGAUACAUCAGUGGUCUCCAGGUGUACGCACUUGGUCUACGGCAUAUCAAUCUCACCAGAAUGAGGGAUGUGCUUCCACCACGAUCCCUUGAACGUGUUCAGAAAUUAGAAGAUUAUUCCGAAAAUCUCAAAAAGGUAUGGUCAAAGCUGCCAAAGGAGGGGAGGAAGUGGACUGGAGCUGCACCACCGAUCGUCGAGUCCAUCAUGGGCUGUAAUGCAACAUUCGGGAACACCGGACGGUACAUGACCGCCUGUCUCUUGGAUCACCUCAGGUUCCAGAUGAGUAGGCCUGAGGAAGCCCAGCAGUUUGAAGAGCGUAUUACAGAGGACAGGGAUGUUCACGGUCCAUUCUCAUGUGCGGAGUGGGAAUUGUAUAUCACUUUGUUAAGCGAUCCGGAUCCGGACCAACCCUACGCUCCUCGUGUAGUUGCCAUGAGCUAUGGUAUGCCAAAGGCGAGGACGUGGGAGACCCAGCAAUCUGUCCAACGUCCACCUUCAAAGGCGAACGCUGCGCCCAGGCCGUGUCCUUUACCAGCUUACCCUAAACCAACCGCAAAGAGAGUGGGCAUGGGCAAAUCUUCAACAUUUGCGAAUCAUCCACAGCCCGUGCGACAUGAAGCCGCAGGUCAGAUUAUCACAAAGUUACAGACCCCACCACAGAAACCUCCACCACAGGCAUAUCACUCACAGGUUGCGAACUCGGCUUCGACUCCGGCAUAUGGUGAAUAUACUCAGCAGGCGAAGAAAAAGGCAAAGUCAAGAAGAUGUUGUUUCUAA